CAGCCAUGAGGACCCUCGCCAUCCUUGCUGCCAUUCUCCUGGUGGCCCUGCAGGCCCAGGCUGAAUCACUCCAGGAAACAGCUCAUGACACUGCAACCCAGGAGCAGCCUGGGGAAGAAGACCAGGACCUUGCUGUCUCCUUUGAAGAAAAUGGACUCUCUACUCUUAGAGCCUCAG